AUGGCUUGUGCGGCUUACAGCAUCAGGGGGCAUCUCAAGCUUGCCACGGGGCCUGGCCUGGAUAGUAAUCAUCUGUGCGGCGGCUGGAAGCCUUCGGUGUCUUGGCCCGUUUCUCGGGCAUGGAGUAGCAAUGUCUCCAAUAAUGCAGUGCAACACGUCGCCUGCCAUUCUCAUCUGUCUGUCCGGAAUUCAGAAAGAUGGCGCUCAAUCCCGAAAGCUUCGCCGGAGGACGGGACCGUUGUUGCUGAAGGGAGGAUAACUGUACUCGUCAUUGGUGGUGGAGGAAGGGAGCAUGCGCUCUGUUAUGCUUUGACCCGUUCGCCUUCUUGCGGGACAGUUUUAUGCGCCCCUGGCAAUGCUGGCAUUGCUCAGUCCAGGGAUGCGAUCUGUAUAUCGGACCUAGACAUUUCCAGUAGUGAUGCUGUUGUAUCGUUCUGCCGCAAGAGGGGAGUGGGAAUGGUGGUAGUGGGUCCUGAAGGUCCUCUCGUUGCGGGUCUUGCGAAUGACCUUGUCAAAGCUGGGAUACCGACGUUUGGUCCUUCAUCAGAGGCUGCAGCAUUAGAGGGGUCAAAGGACUUUAUGAAGAGACUGUGUGAUAAGUGUAAUAUCCCGACUGCUCAGUAUCGCACAUUCACGGAUCCUGCAAAAGCUAAAGAGUACAUCAAGAAUCAAGGGGCCCCUAUUGUUGUCAAAGCUGAUGGAUUGGCAGCUGGAAAGGGCGUCGUUGUUGCUAUGACUUUGGAUGAGGCCUUCGAAGCAAUUAACUCUAUGAUGGUUGACGAGUCAUUUGGUUCUGCUGGUUCACGGGUCGUCAUUGAGGAGUAUCUGGAGGGCGAAGAAGCCUCUUUCUUUGCAUUAGUAGAUGGAGAAAAUGCUUUGCCACUUGAAUCAGCACAGGAUCACAAAAGAGUUGGAGAUGGUGAUACUGGUCCAAACACGGGUGGCAUGGGUGCAUACUCCCCUGCGCCAAUAGUGACCGAAGAGCUUAAGAGCGUGAUCAUGGAAACUAUAAUUAUUCCAACUGUUAAAGGUAUGGCUGCUGAAGGAUGCAAGUUUGUUGGUGUGUUAUAUGCCGGGCUUAUGAUAGAGAAGAAAUCUGGGCUGCCUAAGCUUAUUGAAUAUAAUGUGCGAUUUGGGGACCCAGAAUGCCAGGUUUUGAUGAUGAGAUUGGAGUCUGAUCUUGCACAAGUCCUGCUAUCCGCAUGCAGAGGCGAACUGGGCAAGGUUUCGCUAACCUGGUCGCCUGAAAUCGCGAUGGUGGUUGUGAUGGCGAGCGAAGGAUACCCUGGCUCUUAUAAGAAAGGCACCGUAAUAAAAAACAUGGACAAGGCCGAGCAGGUUUCUCCGGCUGUCAAGAUAUUCCAUGCUGGAACAGCUUUGGAUGGAGACGGCAACCUUGUAGCUGUCGGAGGCCGAGUUCUUGGCGUCACUGCGAAGGGCAAGGACAUCGAAGAAGCGAGGUCGAGAGCGUACGAUGCGGUGGAUGUCGUCGACUGGCCGGAAGGAUUCUUCAGGCGAGAUAUCGGCUGGAGGGCACUGAAGCAGGAGCAGACGGCUAACUACUGA